AUGCUCAAGCUAGAGAGAGAUGAAGAGACAGCUGGAACUACAUUUCUGUCGAGAUGGAAGGUUUCAACUAUAAAUCGAUACCAAAGGUUGAUUCUGGCAGAGCUUCAAUGUACCUCAUGCUUUUGUGAAGCUUUUGAGUGGGCAGAACUGCGGUUUUCUCAGUCUGCACGGGCAGGAGUGACUGUUUUUGAGGACUUCAGUGGGCUAGAGACUGCACUGUGA